AUGGACAUCCUACUUCGCGAAAGCUCAUUUGGCCGGUUACUCAAUUUGGUAUCAAAUGGCCGGUUAUUUACACAUCACGAUCUUGAUAUUCCCAAGCAUGAGGAAACUACGAGCUCAAGCUCUUCUACUUGCCCUGGUGACGCUCGCCACAUAUUGGUCGAUUUCAGCGGGCCUGAGGAUCCAGAUAUGCCUAGAAAUUGGCCCACCUUGGCCAAGACAGUCGUAAUGGUGGAUGUUAUGUUGUUGAACUUCAGCUUUUAUGCGGCGUCGGCAAUCUUCACACCAAGCAUACCGGGAAUUGAGGAGGUCUUUGGCGCUACCACUGCAGAGGGUACACUGGGACUCUCACUUUUUGUUAUUGCAUAUGGCAUUGGGCCACUUAUUCUUUCACCUUUAUCGAGCUUGCCGUCUAUCGGACGUACACCGGUCUAUGUCCUCGGUUGUCUUGCGUUUUGUUUGUUUAACAUAGGCACCGCGCUAGCAAAGAACCUACAUACUAUUCUUAUAUUGAGAUUCUUUAGUGGCUUUAUUGGAAGUGCGCCGAUUAGUGUAGGUGGUGCUACACUGAUGGAGGUAUAUGGACCUACCGAGAUUCCGUAUGCCAUUGCAUUGUACGCAGUCAGCGGAGUGUGUGGGCCCAUUCUAGGACCGAUCCUUGGAACAUUGGCAAUAGAGCGUUGGAAGACAUGGACUGCAACUCUCUGGCUUCUUUCCGGUGUCACAGCUUUCACGACCGUAUUUAUUUUCUUCUUGUUACCCGAGACGUUAUAUUCAAAUAUCCUUCUUCGGCGCGCCCAGCGACUACGCAACCAGACAGGAAACCCGUCUUACCAAAGUCAAGCGGACAUCGACACACCGGAGUCUAACCUUGCCAUACGUAUAGUGAGGCAAACAAUAGAUGACUUCAAGCUUUCUUGCAUGGACCCGGUCAUUAUAUUUGUUAAUAUGCACACUAUGUUGAUAUACGGCAUUCUCUACUUAUGGUUCGAGUUCUUCCCAUUUGUUUUUGACGGAAUAUACCACUUCACCGCAAUUCAGCAAGGCCUUGCGUUCUUUGGUAUCCUUGUCGGCGCAGUCGUGUCCGUCAUUGUAUACGUGCUGUGGUUAUAUUUCUCCUACCAACCACGAGUUGCGAAACCAGAUGCUAUUGUUGAGCCUGAAGCCCGCCUCGUCCCUGGCCAGGUCGGAGCCAUCUGCAUCCCAGUUUGCCUCUUUAUGUUUGCAUGGACCUCUCGUGAAAGUGUACACUGGAUUGUCCCUAUCAUUGGAACAGCCUUCUUCGCACCUGGAUUCUACCUCACCUUCCAAUCAAUUCUUAACUACCUAGGAGAAUCUUAUCCCAGAUAUGUGGCAAGCGUAUUCGCCGGCAACACAUUCUUCCGGAGUUCAUUUGGCGGAGCCUUACCUUUAGCUGCCCCCAGGAUGUUACAGUCACUAGGAAUUGGAUGGGCAUCGAGUACGCUGGGAUUCAUAUCCAUUGCAAUGGUUCCUCUGCCAUUCAUCCUGGAACGCUAUGGCAAAAGACUCCGCUCAUGGAGCAAGUAUGCAAACUAG